AUGCUCCCGUCGACGCGGACAGCGGCCUCUCUGGCGCUGCGCGCCAAGCCGACGACUGCGCUAGUGCCCUUUCGUGCUGCUGCCGCCGCCGCGUCCUUCACCACCGGUCCCCGUCGGGAUGCCAGCUCAUUGACGCCGCACGGCGGAGCUUCGGGCCUGGCCAAGCCUCGCCGGGAGGUACCUCUGCCGAGCGAGGAGGGCACCAAGGGUGUCCUACAAUAUGCCCUCACCUCCCUCGACGUCAUCGCCAACUGGGCCCGCCAGUCGUCUCUCUGGCCCAUGACCUUUGGCCUCGCCUGCUGCGCCGUCGAGAUGAUGCACCUCUCCACCCCGCGCUACGACCAGGACCGCCUCGGCAUCAUCUUCCGCGCCUCCCCCCGCCAGUCCGACGUCAUGAUUGUCGCCGGCACCCUCACCAACAAGAUGGCCCCGGCCCUGCGCCAGGUCUACGACCAAAUGCCCGAGCCCCGCUGGGUCAUCUCCAUGGGCAGCUGCGCAAACGGCGGCGGCUACUACCACUACAGCUACAGCGUCGUCCGCGGCUGCGACCGCAUCGUUCCCGUCGACAUCUACGUCCCCGGGUGCCCCCCCACCAGCGAGGCCCUCAUGUACGGCAUCUUCCAGCUGCAGCGCAAGAUGCGCAAGACCAAGAUUACCCGCAUGUGGUACAGGAGGUGA